AGUGGGAAGAAAACAUGCCCGGCGUGCGCCGUUCGUCCGCUCCUUAUCAGACUUCGUUAAUCGUCGACGCGGAGGUGAGAUUUCGAGAAUAAUGCGUCCGACCUGAAGCGCGAGACAGACGACGCGCCGCGGCUGUGAAUCCCGCGGAGUAUCGCAGAGUGCCGCGAGCGCGGUGACGGUCGGCUGUACGCCAGCCUCGAAAGCGCGAGGAAAACGCGCGCGCGGACACCGUUUUCGCGGGCGCGAGGCGAGACCCGGCGGGCACGAUGCAUCCCGCGAACCACAAGACUAUAUUCGUGCUGGAUCACACGCCGUACUUCGGCAUCUCCACCGAGUGCCCGCUCGAGUUCGACUUUCUGAAGAGCAGGGGACAGAAUCUGAUCCCGCUGGCGCCGGUAUGCAAGUCCCUGUGGACCACCAGCGUCGAGGCCUCGUUGGAGUACUGUCGCAUCGUCUGGGACCUGUUCCCCGCGGGCAAACUGAUUAGAUUUGUCGUGACCGACCGAUCGGCUUACGUACUGAACUCGUGGAGCCCGUUGCAGCAGAAUUUGAAUCACAUAAUGAACGGCACUGCCAUUUUAGGAGUGCCGACGAAGACGCCGGAGCCCGGGGAGGAUUAUUCGGUGAUUCACGGCCUGCGCGUAGCGAUCGAGACGCUGAACGAGUGCUCCGAGAUACAGCAGGAGAAGAGGACCUCUCUGAACGAGAAUACCAGCAAGCUGAUAAACCGGGGCAGAGUGAUAUGCAUUACGAGCGCGCGUGACAAUAGCAACAUGAAGAGCUUGGAGAAUAUAUUUUUAAACGAACUGGCGCAGGAAAACAAGAAUGCGCUCGCCUCGGAUCACUUGAUUCCCGUUGAUUAUUGUCAUUUAGUCAUACUGAAUAUAUACCCUAACAAUAUUGAAUCUCAAGUCACUAGUCAAGGCCCUCGAGAGGUGUCACCGUUUCUUACAGUAGAAGUUCACUCGAUCAAGGCUUCAGCGCUUCAUUCCAAGUUGUCCCAUUUGAUUUUGUCUCAUUACGAUUUGGCCAGUACCACAGUAACGGGUAUACCCAUGAAAGAGGAGCAGAACGCAAGCUCGUCUGCCAAUUACGACGUAGAGAUAUUUCAUUCUUCUGCCGCGCACACGGCGAUUUUAAAAGGUAAUCCGCAAGACUCCGCAUUGAUAAAGACCUUCAGGCGUUUCGAGGAGGGCUCCGAGUACGAGACGGUCACACUGAAGUGGUGCACGCCGCGCGGCUGCAGCGCGUCAGAGAUGCAGAACUGCACGGCGAUGCACCGAAUCACGCCCGUGGAUGUCAAUAGCAGGCCAUCUUCUUGCCUGAUCAACUUUCUAUUGAAUGGCAGAUCAGUGAUGCUGGAAAUGGCCAGAAAGGCUGGUGGAAAGACCAUCUCACAUUUAUUAGCUGCGCACGGUGGCGAGAUUUUCAUUCAUACAUUAUCCACCGCUCGAAGCGUCCUCGAAGAUCCUCCCUCCAUUAGUGAGGGAUGCGGCGGACGUGUUACGGACUACCGAAUAACCGACUUCGGUACUCUCAUGCGAAGUAACAUAUUGGCACCAUUAAAACGCACUUCCAGUUCUAGUACUGACGGUCUAGUAGAAAAGAUGAGAUCAAGACUGGAACGCCAUACCAAAUACUGGCCCAUGACGAUCUCUAGUACUCUCAUGUUUAAUUUAAAACAGGUAAUAGACCCAAUUCCUGAAUUAUUGGUGAAGGAAGAACUUAGCACAGAAGAGGUCCUGCAAUGCAAGAAGGUGAUUUUUAAUGUGCUCGAGCUAGAGGCAAAACACGAAGCUUUGCCUCUGCCAAGCAUCGGCGGAGGUCGCGGUGGGAAAGGCGGAGUACGCAGAGAAGAACAUUAUCGUUUGCUGUGGGAUGAGAUAGAAACAUUUCUUAAGCACCACGCGAACAACUCGGCCGCACACACCGAAGUCCUUAAUUGUUUACUGCAGAUUAGGAAUAAAGAUGAAAAGGACAAAGUGGAACUUGAUCAGGCUCUGCGGGAGUUAGAUAGUUUCAGUAAGGAAGAUGGAACUGCCAGAGUCAGCGUAAUCCGAGCAACGACGGACUCGCCAAUGUCACCGCCAGCGAGUGUGUCGAUACCUCUGACCAAGCAGCUACACAAAGGUAACGUUGCGUCCAAGAGCCUCCUGGACAUCUGGUUACAGCGCAGCGCCCCAAAGGAGAGAAAACCAGAUUUUCAUGGUAGAAUCACCAGCGAUGGUCCUAAAGCGAAGCUGUAUCCCAAUUUGAAGGACGUUGGAAGGGAACCCAGAGAGACCAUGCUAGAGGGAUAACGAACGAAAGAGACGGAGUGCACCGCGUAGGGACACAUUGUAAAUAUUAUAUAUAUUAAUAGAUUUAUCCAAUCAUCUUUCGCGAUUGUGCGACAGGAUGUGUUUGACAAGUUGAAGCGCGAACAGUUAUGACGGUAAUUAUGCAUUUCUUACAUUAAUUAAAAGCAAGUGUACAUUUCGUGUCGAGUGAAGAUAUCUAACACACCGUGUUUAUUAUGUCGACAAUCCUGAAAUAAUAUAUAAUUAAAAAGAUCGUAAUUUUUUAAAUUAUUUAAAGAAGAGACAUUUCAGUUUUUUAAACGCAUACACGAUAAUUUUGUAACAGGAUUUAUUUAAAUAAUUCAUAAAUCUCCGCAGGACGUGUUUACAUAGAACUGACAUUAAUAAAAAUGAAAUCGAUGAAUCUUCGACAAAAAUUUAUGGAUUUAAUUAAGGAUUUAUAUCGCAAAAAUAUGAAGCGACAGAAACAUUUAUUAAAAUCCAGAGAUUUAUAGGAAAUCUCCGUCGCAAAUUAAAAAUUUAAAAAUAAAAAUUUAUCUUGGCACA